GAAAACAAGAAGCUGGGUUUUACAUUGACUCUGAGAGAAGUCUAAAUGAUGUUUCCUGUGUUUCAGUGAGUUGGUCGACAGCGACUCUGAGGAUCCUCAAGUCUACGAGUCCAUGUUCAACAUCCAGGCUGCUUUCCUCUGAGGCCUCGGACCCCGAGCCCCCUCCCCUUCCAGCGGUGGUUCCUCAGGAGAAGGCGGAGGACUCGGCUGAGGAGGAGAUCUACGAGUACGACUGUCCGAGACCCAUCAUCCCCCCCGCCCCCACCCGCAGGACGCUGUCAGACAUCGGGGGACCAUCAGCGUCCUUCAGCACGCUCAGCAUCGACAGCGCCGUCGAAGCCAGUAUGUUUUCAGCAGCAGUGGAGCCUGAACGCCCCCCCAAACCUCUCCCUCGACGAGCAAACUCCGACCGAAGACCUCGUCCCGCAAACCGUGAAUUACCCGCUCCGUUACCAGAACUCCCUUCAACCUCUUCCUCCACCUCUUCCUCCCCUACUCCCCCUCCUCCUAUUGCUCUCCCUCUUCCUCUCCCUCUCCCUCUCCCUCCUCCCACCACUCACCCGGGGAACCAGUCCCUGAACGGAGAGAUCGAGUGCCUCGUGUCGCAGGGAUACUCCUUACAGGACAUCCAUAAAGCGCUGAUGAUCGCGCAAAACAACCUGGAGACGGCCAAAAACAUCCUGCGGGAGUUUGUUUCCAUCCCAUCGUCUGCUCACAUCGCCACAUAGUCACAGUCCUCUUCCUCUUCCUCACCUGCUGUGUCUCUCCACUCUGUGCCAUUAUCACGGAAAAAGCAUUUACCGAGCACUUUUCCUGCAGGGCCACUCAAGGCCAAACAGAAAUGCUGCGUUCAGGAGAGAUAUCAUCUGAGUUUUAUUGUGAACAUAUAUUAGUUUGUUGAACCAAUGCCAAGUGUUCGGCCUUGAAGCUUCAUCGUUAUCUCGUUGUCGCAACUUGGAAAUUGAGGGGUUUUGUUUUUAAGCUACCGUUUGUAGGUUGGCAAAAAACUUUGACAGAGAAGCCUAUGGUGGCCCGGAAGGUCAAAACACAGCAAAAUGUAACAUAAAGGAAAAAGACUUAAGUAAACCUCACAACAGUUUACAAAAGCAUUUCCCCAAACACACAAAUAAUGUCAGGUUUUUGGGAAAAUGUCUUGUUUUGACCUUCAGGGCCACCGUACAGUCGGAUAUGACCUGAACGCAGCACAUGUGAAGCCUUUACAGUUAAAGAAAACCCUGACAACAAUUAACAAAACCAUUUGACAAAUAGCUAAAACAUUUAAAAAAACACAACCAACAUUUGAACUGUGUUUUCGUUGCGUUUUGACCUUCAAGGCCACCGUACACUCGAUAUGACCUGAACGCAGCACGCCUGAAGCCUUUACCGUUCUCAGGGCCCCUACACACGGCGGCGUGCGUUGUCGCUUGCCGGUGGGGGGGGGGGCUGAAACUCGACCAACAACCAAUCACAUGAAUCUCCCACCCCAGACACACAAGCACGCGGUUUGAUUGGCUAGAGCUUGUACUGGUAUAUGAUUCGAUUAGCUGACCCGUCCGUCGAGGCGUCAAAAGUAGAACUGCUCUACUUUUGCAGCGAGCACCGCGAGAGAAGCUACGCUUUGCUCCCACAAUGCAGUUCGGCUAAUCGUGACGUCACCCCAUUCAAAGUGAAUGGGCAGAAGCGUUGAAGCGGCAACGCACGCCGCUGUGUGUAGGCGCCGUUAAGCCGAUGUUUGACCCCGUUCGUGUUUCCUCUCGAGGGAAAUUCGUCUCUGAAUUCCACUGCCGUUCAGUUUGGUGCUUUAAAAAAAAAAAACACGCUUCUUAGCUAAAUUUGUGGCGUACGAAUAAUGUAGCGACGGCGAGAAAACAAGUGGUGUUUGUAUGCUGAUGAAUGUGCAGAAUCGCAGGGCUUCAUGUCUCCAUAUUUCCUCUCGAUGAUGGAUCUCUAAUGAAAUAACAGAUGUUUAAGUAUCUUGUUGUGCUGUGUGUAGUACUAACAAUGGCUGGAAGUUCAUUUCCUCAUUUAACCAAGCUUCUGGUUUCUACUAAUAAGCAGAAAAAGGACUUUGACAUGUGCUGCUGGAUCUGCUCUCACGUCUUCAUGUGAUUUUUUAGCUCCGCGUCACAUUUGUACCCAGCUGAGGAAUCAGGUUGAAGGGAUUUACUUUAAAGUAUAAAAGCAGAAGGUCUUCAUGUGGACUCAGGUACUGCUUCACAGCUAGGUUUGAAUGUAAAGAGAGGAACAUGUGCUAAAGGACACAUGAUAUAAUGUACGAGCUAAUGACAAAAACAUUCCUAAGAUUAGAUUUGCCCGCUUCUUGUUACUCGCUGAUACAAAGGAACUUCCACAAUCCUCUCGACGCCACGGUAAAACAGUUUGUUAGCUUUGUUAUUUAGCCAUUGGGAGUUAAUGGCUAAAAACACAAAAAUAUAAAAUAUAUCCAAUAAAACUGCAUUAUACACUCCUUUCUUACAGUUUACAUACUUUUUUGUUAGGAAUGUAAACAGGUUCCUUCUCCAAUAUCCAUUUUAUAUGACUGUGAAUACAUCUUAAAAACAACUUGUGUUCAAGCUGUUAGCAGCCAACAGCUAGCAGCUAAGCUAAAAAACAAAACAUUAAAUGUAAUGUACUUCAUUCUACACUCAUUGUUAGGAAGUUAAACAGGUCCCCUUCUCUGAUACCUAUUAAAUAUUUCUGUGAAAAAAUCUCCUUCAAAACUACUUUAUUAAUUCAAGUUUGUUAGCUCCAUCAUUUAGCUUCUGGCUGACAACAGCUAACGGCUAACAACAGCUAACGGCUAACAAUACAAUGCUAAAAAGACAUAAGCUUUAAAUGUCAUGUUCUUCAUUAUACACUCCUUUAUUAAAGUAACACAGGUUCCCUGUGAUAGCUAUUUAUUAAACUGUGAAAACAUCUCCUUUUAAAACAACUUAAUUAAUUCAAGUUUGUUCACGCUGCUAACGGCUAGCAGCUAACGGCUAGCAGCUAUUGGCUAAUGUUAAUUAUAGCUCUCCUGCCAAGAGUUUAUUAAAUAUGAUAUAAGUAAAAGUCUUGCAUUGAAAAUCUUACUGAAGCAAAGGUUAGUAUACUCAAAAUGUAGGUAAAGUAUUAAAGUACCCAAUUGUGAAAAAUCAUAAAAAUAAAUUUAAAAAAACAUCCAAAAACUUUAAAUACAUUUUUUUUUUAAUGGAUGGAAAAUUCAGUGAUUUUUAAAAGAUGCCAUUUUAAUCAUCCCUCGAUUGUUUAUGAACUGUUGGCCAGUUUAAUGUAAUUGUAGAGAAGUGGGAGUAGAGAAAAUACACGUACAAGUAUGUCACAUGUGUACUUAAAAACUCAACUUGAGUAAAUGUACUUCACACAGAAGUCAAACUGAAUAUUUUGUGUAUUUUUCUCAGGUUUUCAGUUUUUUCAGUGGACCAAUAACGAGCGUCUCAUUUCCAAUUUCGCGUUUAAAAACAGGAAGUAUCCCGUCUAACAUUGAGUGCAAUUUCCUCCCUUUCCCCCCAAAUCCCCUUAAAUCGUCACUUUGGAUUUCUGCAGUAACGUGUAAAUGUGCCUUCUGUCGACAAACCAAAACACGACACAUUUACUGCUUAAAUUAAAUAUGAACACUUUUCUGUUUCUCCCUUAUUACUUUUUACUUUAUUCCUGCAGAUAUACACUUUGAAGGAGCUGGAGUUUGCAGGCAAAGCAUCAAAGGAAAUAUAUAUAUAAAUAUAUAUAAGAGCCACAUUAAAACUAGAUUUAUUUUAAAAAGUCAAAAUAAAUAUCAAACCCUCUUUAUUUUGUACACAGAGUACAGCACACAGCGAAAGUAUAACUGCAUCAAACCCAGUCCCUACAGACUGAGACAAAUGUAUUAGUUACGGGAAUUGUGACGUAAAAGAAAAAAAUGCAUGUUAGCGCCCCCUAGUGGACAACUAAUGCGCGAUUACAAAUGCUUUUUAAAGUCAAAUAAAAAAAUGCUUUUAUGAUUGAACUAUCUUCUAAUUAUGAGGUACUAAUUCUCAUAAACACUGUCAUAUGUUUAUACAGUGAAUGCUAUAUGCAACCGUACUGCAGUAUUAAACGACGAUACCUCCUAAGGGUGGGGGGAUAUGAAGAUAAUGUGGCAAAUAAUUAAAUAUUUAGAAAACUAAUCUUUGCAUUUAUAGGAUGUUAUGAAUAAAUUAAAAUACUAAAUUAAGUGCUGUAAUAUUUGCAUUGUUUACAUCACUUGUUAUUGUCAGUAACAAGGAAUAUUAAAUAGAAAUUGGCUGUAAUAAUAAUAAUGCGUUUACCUUUUAUAAAUCAAAACAUAUGUCUUAAUAUUAUUCAUAUGAUAGUAUAUUAUCAUCUUUUAACAAUACAAAAUAUUGGUAUAAUUGACAAAUAUUGCCGUAUCUCCCGCCCUCAGUUUAGAUCUCUUUAAGACUGCAGAUUUUAAUUUGAUAAAUACAUUGAAAAUUAAAAUCUGAAUCCAUUCAGGGCUGUCUCCUUGCUAUUGAAAAUACAAUAAGUACUGCAUGCCCCCAACACACACACACACACACACACACACACACACACACACACACACACACACACACACACACACACUCCCUCACUGAUGUCUCAGCUGGUCUUUAAUGAUGUAUUUGUGAUAUAUUAAUAACGGUCACUCGCCUUCUCAACUUGCCUACUAAAAGUCGUCCUCAUGCUUUGUUGUUGUAAAUAUGAUUUUAUUUAUUGUCUUUUUAAUAUCCUCAGCAUUCGUUGUGUUGCCAUGUUUUCAUGCCUAAGCCAUUAAGAUUUUUAAUUAAACAAUAUUUUCUUUAACA